AUGGCCUUGACCCAGGAAAUGUGGGACCAAGCCAUCACCAAGGGCAUGAUCAUAUGGCAGAAAAAUGGGCCAUCCAUUGACACAUCCACGACUAAGGCCACCCAGCCGCUACCACGCAUACCAAUAACUACAGCCCCUAUCCCUCCAAUAUCCCAACAUCUUGAUCCAAACUUGAUCAGUGAACCCAAUAUCCCACUUGGCCCCACAUCAACCCACAGAGGUCAUCACCCAUUGGACCCGGUGGUAAUCCCUGCAGUAAAACAACUAUCACACAAAUCAACAACAACCCAUCCAUCAAACCACCAAACAAGAAGAUCCAGUGUCAGCAAUCCUCUCCGACCUAACCCUAGUUUAGGCCACGAACAACUGGCCCCCCAGCACCAACCAAAUCAUCCUGGAACAACCAGAUAUUCCACUCAGGAAGAUGCGUUUGCCCGACAAUAUCAUCUCUUGAACUUGUACACAGAUCCUCAGAGUGCACAGGCCCACUAUCCAUAUGCCAUGAACACACCCAGCACAGCCCAAGCCCAAUCAAGCCACUGGUCACAUAUCACACCAAGUCCAAGCAAUGAGGCCCAACCCAAUGGAAUGCCAUUAUUCACGCCUGGACCCAGGAGAUUGAGCAUCACUGAGUCAAUGAAAAUCAACCCACCUGCAGGCCCCUCACAAAAAAGAAACUCAGAGCAUCUAUCACCACAUGCACCCAGAACACUGAGUACAUCAUCCAUAUUCAACAAUUUGCAAUCCCUUAACCACACCCAAGAUUCUGCCACAAAUCACCCAAAGCCAUCCCCCACAUUGAACACCUCUGCAUUUCAGGACAGCCCCACACCCAGACCUCAAUCCUAUUCAGACCAAAAACCACCCAAGCCCCCACCAGAAAUCAACACCCCCACACACAAGACAGCCCCCACACCCAGGGCUCAACCAACAACCCUGAAACCCUUAAAAGACAGCCAAUCAGCCAAAUCCAAGAACCCACCAAAAACCAAUGAAUCACGAUUAAGAGGUCACAACAAACCACUGGUGAGCCCAAUGGCCCCCAAAGAUCAUGCAACCAAAACACAAGCUCCUGGCCCCCCAAAUAAAAUCAAAGUCAGUAAACAACCUAAUAUUGUCAGUAAAUUAAUUGGGCCUCCACCCUAUCCACCUGUCGAACCUCAAUACAUAAAACAACUCCCCAAACAUAUCCAACCUUAUGUGGACCAGAUUAUCAAUGUCAAGGGGGACGGGCACUGUGGGUUCAGGGCCGCUGCAUACUGUCUGGGAAAAGGAGAAGGCCAAUACAUGGAUAUACGCACCCAAGUGGUGAAAGACUUGCAGGACAGGCGUCUUUACUACAACCGACAAGAUCCAACCCUGGACGUAGAAGAAACAAUCAAUAUUAUUAAUGUUAAAGACCCAGGGCCGUGCGCAGAAUAUCAUUGGAUGAGCAUGCCUUCUAUGGGCAGACCCCUUGCCAAUGCUUUCCAAACCGCGGUAAUUUUUUAUUCAAACUUAUGGAGUGAAACUUUCUUUCCCGACUUUGCUUAUCCAAAUGAUAAAAAACCCAUAAUUAUUGCAUUAAUACCUAGUGCUAAGCAUUUUGUGGCAGUAACAUUCAAGGAUGAAGCCCUCUUCCCUGCCCCCAGACCUAUAGGCACACACCGUAUCCCUUUUUCUGUUGCACAUAGUGCUUGGCAAAGCAAGUAUUCUAAAUGCAUUGCCUUGUAUAACUCAUUGAAGCCAUAG